UCAUUCUGUUCACUACACCUUCGUGCUCGCUGCAUCAAUAAACAAAAGCAGCUACUAAAAAGUGUGUUUCCGAAGUGUAAAAGAUGAAUUUCGCAUUGAAAACUGUGUCACUCUAGUGUAUUGCUCGUGUGUGAUAUGCGGUGUUGUGCGUAAAGUAUCGGGAUUUGCCGAAACGACACGGGUUUUCGCGAUUGAAAAUUGUACAAUUUUCAUUCAUUCUCGAGAGUGGCAAAAGGAGGAACGACCCAUCGUGGAGUGGUAUUGGUGGCAGCAUAGAAAUCAGAUACAUACAUACAUGCCCUCGCAUGCCUGGCCGAAUGUUUAUUGGCGGGGGUGGCGUACAACGUAACAGCCGCCGCAGCAGCACUAUCGAAGUGCGUACAUUAGUAUAAGUGAAUGAGGGUAAUAAAAAACAGUUAGAAGAAAGGCGGAACAGUCGCAGUAUUACCAAAGCAGCAGUGAGAGGAACUUCUUGAAAUCUUCUGGAAAUUCUUCUUGUUUUAUGGCAACAAAAGAGUAAUAAAAAAUUUUCCUCGGUGCGGUGUGGUGCGAAAGAACCCUACGCAGAGGGUGGAAGUGCUAGCGUAGAAAGGUGACCGCCAAAGUGGAGCUGAACGGUUCGGAGCGAGAGUUAUUAUGUUAGCGAUCGCUUGGAUUGUAGCAGCAGUAGUAAUUUGUUUACAUCGGCCGGUGACAUUAGGCGAGACCAAUGUGCGGGAUGUUGCGAGCAAUGGGUUGACGGUCCCGUCACCUACAUCGGAAAAGUUCAACCGUCGAAAAAAGAACGAAAAGCUGCUGUACCGCGAUGAUGACGAAAGGAUCGAACUGGGCGUGUGCCAGGUUUACACCGGGACUACCUGUGAAGAGUUUCUAAAAAAUCAGACUGUCUUUAUUACGCCGGAUAUUACGAUGGACAUACUGGAAGAACGCCUUAAAGCUGCUUAUGGAGUUAUCAAGGAGUCCAAGGAUAUGAACGCCAACUGUCGGGGUUAUGCUUUGCCGAGUUUGUGUUACAGUAUUUUGCCGGUGUGUCGCACUCCGGAGAAAACCAAUCAUCAGUACUUUGCCAAUAAAGCAGCAGCAGAAACCGCGCGACGUGGCAAUGGUUACGGUAGAUCGAAGUUCAAAUCGCACGAGAAAAAGAACAAUCGCAAAGCGACCCAGAAAGUGGCAACCAGUUCGACCAUAAUGACUACCACCGAACGACUGAAAGUGUACUUUAGUGGUGGUGUUACACCUACUUUCAGCGUCAAUGAGUUCGGUGGAGAAAUCGUAACGGAGAACUCUUUGAGCGAUAACGCCAGAAGACGGCGAUCGGCAGAUGAAAAGGCUCGCCAUUUUCUCCAGCAGAAUACCUUCGGAAGCGAUGACGGAUACUACUCUUCCUACUCGGGCAAUACGAACAGCAAAAAGAACUAUCCUCCGACGCGGAAUACGGAAAACUUGAGACGAAUUUGCCGGAAUGAUUGUGAACUGCUGGAGAACGAGUUGUGCCAAAAGGAGUAUGCCAUUGCCAAGCGACAUCCGACGAUCGGACAGAAACUGCCACUGGAAGAGUGCGAUGAUCUACCGUUACAGAACUCGGUCGAUGGAACGAUUCUGAACGGCAUUGGUGGUCUCGGAAGUUCCGGUGAUAUGGAAUGUAUGAAGCUGGGUAUCAAAAUGGACAUUAUUCCGGACGAUGAUUGUUACUGGGAAACAGGUUACUCAUACAGAGGAAUAUUGGAUAGAUCAAACACUGGAAAGUCCUGCAUGCGAUGGUCCAAACUGAUGAGGGAAAUUUCGAACUACCCCGAACUUGCUGGUCAUAAUUAUUGCAGGAAUCCUGGCGGUGAGCAAGCGUCGCCGUGGUGUUUUGUAGAUCUCAAGAAAACGAUAGAGUUUUGUGAAAUUCAAAAGUGCUCGGAACGCAUGUGGCUCUAUCUCAUCGUGAGUUUUGUAGCUUUCAUUACAACAUUGAUCGUAGUGAUCUCAAUCGUAUGCUGUAAAAAGUACAGAAAGCAUGGCGUAUCUAAUAUUCAAAACAUAAAUUUACCGAACGCGGAUAAAAAUAUUUACGGAAACUCCCGACACAACUCGCCCAUAGAAAUGACGUCUCUGAUGGCGAAUCAGAAUUCCGCUGGAGUGGUCAACAGAAACUCCGAGAAUGGUGGUAUUCAAGGUUUGACCAGUGGUCAGCCUGGAAAUCAAGGUCAAUCUUCCCAGUCUCGUAACAAUGGUAUCGCACGGGUUCCACAGUAUACCUUGCAGGAUGUACAAUUUGUGGAAGAGCUCGGCGAGGGUGCCUUCGGUAAAGUUUACAAAGGUGAACUGACACAGAAGGACGGGGAAAAGAUCUUCGUAGCCGUCAAAGCACUGAAGGAAAAUGCGAGUGCCAAGACACAAGCUGAUUUUAAGAGGGAAAUAGAACUGAUCUCCGAUCUAAGGCAUGACAACAUCGUGUGCAUCCUGGGGGUGGUACUCAAGGAGGAACCUCUCUGCAUGCUUUUCGAAUACAUGGCUCAAGGCGAUCUGCAUGAGUUUUUGAUCGCAAACUCUCCGAACGAAGGCAAACAAUUGAGCCAAUUGCAAUUUUUGUUGAUUGCUCAGCAAAUCUGCGAUGGGAUGGAAUAUUUGGCUAGCCACCAUUACGUUCACCGAGAUCUGGCAGCUAGAAAUUGUUUAGUUGGUGAUCAUUUAACGGUUAAAAUAUCUGAUUUCGGUUUGUCUCGUGACAUCUACAGUUCCGAUUACUAUCGUGUCCAAUCGAAAUCUUUGUUGCCAGUUCGUUGGAUGCCAUCCGAGUCCAUUUUGUAUGGUAAGUUUACAACCGAAAGUGAUGUUUGGUCGUACGGAGUUGUCCUCUGGGAAAUCUACAGCUAUGGGUUGCAACCAUACUACGGAUAUAGCAAUCAAGAAGUUAUCAAUAUGGUCCGAGCCAGACAGUUGCUUCCAUGUCCCGAAGCUUGUCCAAGUGCAGUGUACUCACUGAUGGUCGAAUGUUGGCAUGAGCAAGCCGUGCGCCGUCCUACGUUCCCAGAAAUUGGCCAUCGACUAAAAAUUUGGUAUCAAGCACAAAAAAGAAACGAACAAUCCGAACAAGGUUUCAAUCGAAAAGGAUCCGUCUUAAGCGUAAACAAUCAACGAAUGUCCUCUCAGGGGAACCUGAACGCAGUAACUCCCUCGUCGUCGUCUAGCCAUCAUUCGCUUAACCGUAACCAGCAAAUGGAUCCCCGAGAUCAACUGCAGUCCCAACCGCAUCAGUCCCACCAACCUCGCAAGCACCAUCACUCUCUCGAACGGGAGAAAAUUUUACGAACGACCCAACAACCAGCUCACCAGCAAGCACCCCAUCAUCAUCACUCGCGUUCCCACCAUCAGCAUCACAACUCGCUGGACCGUUCCAAUAACGGCAAGAUGGAGGAAGGUGAACAAUUUGAAACCCAAAGCAAUCGAAGCUUCUACCACAAUUCGGGUACCAGCCGCAGCAGUAAGAGCAUACACUCCAUGCAGGAAAACCCACAGUCUCAAUCACACCAACUCCAACAUCCGACCAAUCCUCAGUCAUACAAAAACUUCAGUCUGCCCCGAAAAAGCAUUGACAGUAACCUAGAGUUCGGGGACGGUGAAACAACGGCCGCCAGUAGUCCCGGCACCGGUUAUUCCAGCCGUGAAUCCAAGCGUCCCCCGAAGGACCCCCAUCGUCAUCAUCAUCACCACCACCAUCACGGUUCAGGGCGAAGUCGAAGAAUGGACCACUCGGCGGGAACCAUCUCGGUGUCGUCGCUGACCAGUGAAGCUGAUCUGAAUCAGCAAAACCAAGUCAUACCAAAGAAUAGCACUCAAUCGCUGGCUCAACCCAUGAUGAGCCGAAAACCGAGCAGCAGCGGCAGUAUUCUUAGCGUAGCCAGCGAGUUAAACAGUUCCUUCGGAAACAUGCACUACAACAACGGCAACAACAACCCGGCCGCAACUCCCUCCGGGGACAGUGCGAACGGUUCCGCUGGGUCAGUCACUGUGGGUUUGCCUUUAAUGCAAAGUUCAUACCACGAAGGGUAAAUCCGGUGCCGGUUUUUGUUUUACUAUGUUUUUUUUUAAUUAAAAUACUGCAUGCAUUUAUCAAGUUUGAAAGAAAAAGAAAUCGAGCGAAAGUAGGUUUACAUAGAUAAGUAAAACAGUGCUAGGACUAAAAUAAUGAACACUAGGAAUAUUUGCAAUUUUAAGGCACAUGCAACGAUGAGAAUUUUCUUUGUUCAUUUUCCAAAGUUUGUUCUUUAACUCUUCAUAUUAGACACUUAAAACCUAGUCUUCUGCUCUGUACUGGCAGUUAAUUGCCGAACUGUAUAACGCAACUUUUGCAAUUAAAAAACAGAAAACGAAUAGAGAGCUUCUCAUUGUAACAGUUGCAAUUAUUCCCAAAUUGUCAAAAUACACAACAGUAAACGAAAGAGAAAAGUAUUUUCUCAUACAUAAAACUACGAGCAGUGUUCGGUGAAUGAUGGUUCGUCCGGAAUUUUGCCUCAGAAAAUGUUUUUGACAGUUGAUUUAUUAGAAGUUUAGAUAUUUUCAAGAAAUGAUCUCUGAUGAAAUCGAAAACGGAUGACGAUUUUUAUUUUUACUACCGAAGUAUUACAAGACUCAAUCCGUAAUGAAAGGCUGGCAUAUUUAUUUUAGGUUUAUUCAACAAUAGACUGCCGUCACAUUAAAAUUGUAAAAGUAUAGGACAUAUAAGUUUUAUUUCAUUUUUAGGGCUGAUCAAUAUAAUAUGUUUAGAUUUUUUUUUAAAUAGAAGUGUAAAGUCAUCCAUCUUAGACAUAUUCUCAUAUUUUAUA